UGAUACUUUCUCAGUUAUCCUCACUAGUAAGUGCUGCUUGUUCAAAUUAUGGACAAAACUGUCCAGAAGAUGCACCUUGUUGUAAUAACGGGUGGUGCUCAAAUGAUCCUAAAUUCUGUUCUACUGUUCAAUUUUGUGUUCCAGGUUGUGAGCCAGAAAAUUCAUUCUCCCCUAAAUCCUGUUUUCCCGAACCGCCAUGUGUAUCAUUAUAUGAUGACUUUUCAAAGCCAAGUUUGGUAAAUUGGCAAAACUUUACGGGAGAUCCAACAGCAGCUAAUUGGACGUCAGACUUUACACCGGAUUAUACAACUUAUAUGCCGGACGGUACAAUCCAACUUAGCAUGAAAUAUGACGGAAAAGAUAAAAAUGCGCAAGGAAACUACCAAGGGUUUGGUUCAACAGUUAGUAGCACAAGAUGGAUGGAAUAUGGAACAGUGACAGCACGCAUUAAGACAGGGUCAACUGCUAAGGGUGUAGUUUCAUCUUUCAUUACUAAAAAUUUGGUCGGUGAUGAAAUUGAUUACGAAUGGGUUGGUCUUAAUCCCAAUGAAGUACAAAGUAAUUAUUAUUAUAAUGGCACACUUGACUACACGAAAGUUAAUCAAAAGGAUACAUGGGAUGAUCAACUUGGUCAGUUUAAAUUCCCAUCAAGACCUUCGCGAAUUCAAUUUUCAAUGUGGGAUGGUGGUAUGGGACCUCCAGGUACUGCCAAUUGGGCUGGUUCUCCAACUGAUUGGAGCGACCAAAGUAAAGUAUACAGCAUGUAUGUCGAUUGGGUCAACAUCACUUGUUUCUAUAACGGUAAUUCAUCGACAACAUGGCCACCGGACGGUUAUGGUCCCACGAAAAAACCCAAUGCCACUUCAGAUUCACAAUCUUAUGCUACUCUUGGUGCUGGUCUACCAAUUAACUUGGCUGCCCCGGGAACAAAUGGUUCACAAAUUGUUCCAAGCACACCAAACUAUGAUCAACCAACAUCAUUGCCUAAACUUGUAGCUCCCGUAGCUGCACUUUGCUCAGUAACUGUGCUUGCUGCUGCUGGUUAUGGUUUUUGGCGAUACCGACGUGGAAGUCGAGUUUACACCACUCAACCAUAUGUAAAACAAAUGUAUUAG